AUGCAGAGAUGGUUGUGGACCAUCCUGGCAAUUCCCCUCAGUUGGGGCUGGUCGCGCGAGUCGGGCUCUGCUCAAAUUGAUCGGGACCUCCCGGACCACCCUCGCUCUCGUGCUUUCACAGAGGUGUCAGCCUCUGGAUCCCUGGUUCAGAGGAGUUACAUGCGCCACGGUUUCGACUACAACACUGAUGCCGACUCGGCAGCUGCGGCAGAUAUGUAUCAGCUGACCCUGCUUGACGGUGCGCAGACGUCGACAAGCAGGGAGGCGAUUGCCACCCAUGUUUGUGGGAAAGAUUGGGCUCCGGGAGCUUUAGCACUGGCCGCCUCCUUGCGAGCAGCUGGAACUUCGCGAAACCUUGUCUUGAUGGUCACGGAUACAGUCGGACGGCGCUACCAAAAGCUUUUCGCUGCAGUCUUCGACAAGGUGUACAUAGAGGAGCCAGUGAAGCCUCAUGAUAGCAUCACCAGGGACGGUGCUGACUGCGUCACGCUCCAGCUACGUGCAUGGCAGCUGCCCUACAAAAAGGUCCUUUACAUGGAUGCUGAUAUAAUUGCCCUGAAGACUCAUGAUCCGGUCCUUGAUAGCUUCGGAGAGCUCUCGGCCAAAACGGAUGCUGGGCUCACAGAGCAAUUCAACGGGGGCAUGUUUGUCUUGGAGCCUUCAGACGAGAAGUUUCAUCAUCUGCGCCAGCUCUUGAAGCAAGAUUUCGCAAGGAGCGGCAGCAACGGGGGGAUUCAGCAGUUCCUGAACUAUGCUUUUCCACCCUGCGACCGGUCCUCGAUGGUAGGUUGUUGGGGCGGCAAGAUGGAAGAUACCUACAAUAAGUUCACCAGGGACGUCAGCAAGGGGGACCUUGACUCGGAGAAAUUCGCAAGCCUCCACUUCAGCGGUGACUGGGGAGGCUCCAGAAAGCCUUGGAUGUCCGGCUGCUUAGCCCAAUCGGACUCCUCCACGCACAAGGCCGGAUCUCUCCAGAGCCGCUCGGUUUUAAGGGAGGGUUUAGGGGUUUAG